AGAACACACUAGUUGUAUAUUUUUUCUGCAGAACAUAAUGCUGAUAUAGACAUGAUUAUAAAAAUUGAAAGUGCUGAUUUCAUACCAAAUCUUCAUUCUAUUAUUUCAGCUUCAGACGGGCGCUAGCAACCGGAAUGAAAAGAUGGUUGUGGAGAAUUGUGGAUGGAGCUCGAAGGCGAAGAUGGUUCCAAAUUCCCUUUGGAAAGCGGCGAGAAAGCAUUGUUCGGACGAGGUUCUGGUUUUAACACCGACGACCACACUGUUUCCCGCCGUCACGUUUCGUUCCAACUCAACGAUGCCGAUUCAGAGCCUCCUAGGGUUUCAUUCCAAGUCAUCGGAACAAACCCCAUUUGGGUUUUGAAAAACAAUGACGGAACUCUUAAGCUCUUCAACAAGUUCGAUAACGGUCAAUUGGAACUCGGAGACCGUUUCUGUUUGUCAGGGAAAACUCCCCUCUGGUUCAAAUUGAACAAGCCUCAACUUUCUGAAACUCAGAUUCACUUUGACCAACUUGAUCUUUCACAGAUUGAUCCUGUUCAAGAGUUUGGCUUUCUUGUGAUGAGACAUGAGUUUGACCGGUAUCCAAAGGGCAUGAUCCAGAAAGUGGAGAAUUGGAAAUGGUUCCUCGAGGAGCCUAGCAAAGAAAGCGAGGAUGACGAUGGGGAUGAUUCUGAGGAGACGAGGAAAACGAAGGGAAAGCGAAAAGUAUUUGAAGACAAUGAGGAUGACGAGUGGACCGGUGAUAGUGAAGAUGAUAAAGACCUUGUUGCUAAGACGGGAAAAGGUAAGAAACCUGUGUACUCCACAAGGUCUAAAGAUAAAGGAGGAGCUAAGAGAAAGAAAACAGCUAGUGUCAACAAAACUGUUGAAGAAGAAGAAGAAGAAGAUGACAAUAAUGAUGAUGAUGAUGAGACGCUAGGAGGUUUCAUUGUUACCGAUGAAGAAAACGGUGAAGAACAGGGCAACGACGAAGAUGAGGAGGAAGAAGAGUUUGAAGAAGAGGAAGAAGAUGACGAUUGAUGCUGUGGUGGGUUAAAAAAUCAAGAUAAAAACCAAGUUUGUGGCCUUGUGAUAAAAACCAAGUUUCAUCAUGAUAACAUCAAUUUGAUUGUUUUUUGUGAUGGUCUGAUGAAUUGUUGUGUUUAGGACUAUAUUCAAUGUAUGAAAUGGCUAUGAACUCUAAACAUCUUCUUUUC